CUCCCCAAACAAAAUCAUAUGUGUUGCAGAAGAAACAGAAUCCAGAGAGGUGUUGAAACAGAGUAUAUAUAUAGGCAGAUGUAAAUAUAUACGUACAUAAAGUGACGGAUAUGGCAACUUUAGCAGCAGCAGGAGGAGUAGGAUUAGGAUCUGUCUCUGUGAAGCUCCACUCCCUCAAUUCAUUACCUCCUUGUCCCUUUUUAGGCAAAAAGUUUAAGUUCAGACAAGAAUCUACCUCACAUGGGUCCAAAUUCACUAUCCUGAGGCCAAAUUCACGCUCAACUAUUGUUGCUGGAGUUGAAUUGGUUGAUUUUGUUCAUAAUGUUUUUGUGGGUGUUGGAGUUGGUCUUCCUUGUACAGUGAUGGAGUGUGGUGAUAUGAUUUACAGAAGCACAUUACCCAGAUCAAAUGCUUUAACACUUACAAUCCCUGGCGCUGUUUUGGCUUUGGGUACACUUUCUUACCUUUGGGCUACCCCUGGUGUGGCACCUGGGUUUUGGGAUAUGUUUGUUCUUGCCUUUGUAGAAAGAUUAUUCAGACCCACAUACAAAAAGGAUGAUUUUGUGUUGGGAAAGAAGUUGGGUGAGGGAGCUUUUGGUGUUGUUUACAGAGUUUCCUCGACUAAGAAACCCAACUCAAAGGAAGGCGAUUUAGUACUUAAAAGAGCUACGGAAUACGGUGCAGUGGAGAUAUGGAUGAAUGAGCGUGUGAGGAGGGCGUGUGCAAAUAGUUGUGCUGAUUUCGUAUAUGGCUUUCUUGAGAAAUCUUCAAAGAAAGGAGCUGAAUAUUGGCUCAUAUGGCGUUUCGAAGGAGAAUCCACACUUGCAGAUUUGAUUCAGAGUAAAGAGUUCCCCUAUAAUGUUGAAUCAAUGAUUCUGGGAGAGGUGCAAGAUUUGCCUAAGGGAUUGGAAAGAGAGAAUAGAAUCAUUCAAACUGUUCUGAGGCAACUCUUGUUUGCAUUAGAUGGUCUUCACUCAACAGGGAUUGUCCACCGAGAUAUCAAACCACAAAAUGUUAUUUUCUCCGAAGGGUCUCGCACGUUCAAGAUCAUUGAUUUGGGAGCUGCAGCAGAUUUGCGAGUAGGCAUCAAUUACAUUCCAAAAGAGUUUCUCUUAGAUCCAAGAUAUGCAGCACCUGAGCAAUAUAUUAUGAGCACACAAACGCCUUCUGCGCCAUCAGCUCCCGUUGCAGCUGCACUUUCUCCGGUUCUAUGGCAGCUGAACCUCCCGGAUCGGUUUGACAUUUACAGCACAGGUCUCAUAUUACUACAAAUGGCAUUCCCUUCAUUCCGCUCAGACAGUGGUCUCAUACAAUUCAACCGUCAGCUAAAGAGAUGCGAUUAUGAUCUCAUUGCAUGGAGAAAAAGUGUCGAACCUCGUGCAAACUCCGAUCUCCGAAGAGGAUUCGAGUUGUUAGAUUUAGAUGGUGGGAUCGGAUGGGAACUCCUGACUUCUAUGGUCCGGUACAAAGCACGACAACGAGUGAGUGCCAAAGCGGCUUUGGCCCAUCCGUACUUUGACAAAGAAGGUCUUCUCGCUUUGUCCAUCAUGCAGAAUCUCAGGCUCCAGUUUUUCCGAGCCACACAGCAGGAUUACAGCGAGGCUGCCAGAUGGGUCGUUGAGCUCAUGGCUAGAUCCGGAACAAAGAAAGAUGGCGGAUUCACAGAAGCAGAGCUUCAGCAACUCCGAGAAAUACGACCAAGUAAGAAGGGGAAUCCGCAAAGAAAUGCUCUUGCCUCGGUCCUUCGGUUCCAAAAGAAGAUUUUGAAAACGCUAAACGAAAGCAUGAACGAGCUUAGCCAACAAGGGAAGAGCAUGUGGUGGAGUAGAUGGAUCCCGAGAGAGGAAUGAAUAAGAUCGUAUGUACGUAUGUAUAUAUAAAUACGUAGUUUAUACGCCCAUAUGGAUAUCGAUCUGUAAAUUCGUGUUGUCGUAUUUACUUAAUUGCUAAACGAGAUGGGAAUUACAAUAUGUGUUAUCAAUUCAGAAUGGAACUUGUUAUCAA